CCGCUGCAAUAAAGGCAGAUAGCGGACCAUGGGGAGCAGGGGAAAAGUUUUUAUACUGACAUGUCAGCGCAAUGACUUUUGAGAAACAUCUAACAGGGACGAGGCUCCCGGCGUGAGGAGGACAGGGCUCUUUACGGGAAGAAAUAAGGAGCUCUUGCCAUCUGCCGGGCUACGGGAACUGAAAAGCAAGACGGCAAAAGAGUUGAGACCAGUCCAAGAAUCAGCGGUGGAAAAUCCAGUUUAGCCAUUUAAUUUGAAAGAUGAGCUUGUUGUCUGCCAUAGACACGAGUGCCUCCGUGUACCAGCCUGCGCAACUUCUCAACUGGGUCUAUCUCUCCUUACAAGACCCCCACCAGACCAGCGCUUUUGACGCGUUCAGACCAGAACCCAACUCUUCCCACCCCGAUCUCAGCUUCAGCAAGACUCCCGGAGCGGCGGAGUUGAGCUCUUCCCUGAACUCCAACUAUCUCAACAACUUCUUUCAGCUGCAGCGGAAUGAGGCCUUAAACAACAACGUAUAUAAGAAUGUGUCACCCUAUGGCUCCCUGAACAACAUCGUGGAUGGACUCAACUCCCUGACGGACCAUUUCUCAGACCUUUCCCUUUCUUCAGAGCCGAGAAAACCCAACAAAAGGCCCCCGCCCAACUACUUGUGCCACCUGUGCUUCAACAAGGGCCAUUACAUCAAAGACUGCCCUCAGGCCAGACCCAAAGGUGAAGGGCUGACACCCUACCAGGGGAAGAAGAGAUGCUUUGGAGAGUACAAGUGCCCUAAGUGUAAGAGGAAGUGGAUGAGUGGCAACUCGUGGGCCAACAUGGGACAAGAAUGUAUCAAAUGCCACAUCAACGUCUAUCCACACAAACAGCGCCCUUUAGAGAAGCCGGAUGGCCUGGAUGUUUCUGACCAGAGUAAGGAGCACCCACAACACCUGUGCGAGAAAUGUAAAGUCCUGGGCUACUACUGCCGCCGUGUGCAAUAAUCAUCGACUCCGAGUCAGAGAGCACCUUUUGUGUCCCAAGUCCUGUCGCUCUUCCUCCAUCGAGGCUGUUAACUUCCUCCCUGCCCAGUCCACACCCAGGUUUCCCUCAUCCCUGCCCUGCACACAACAUGGCGUCCUUUCCUCCUCACGUUUUCCCCUCUGUCUUUCAGAAGCCUCAAAUAUAGAUGGUAGCUCUAAUCCCCUCUUCUCUUUGAUUCCUUUCCUCUCCAACCACAGCAAAUAAACCUUCUGUCCCUCUGCUUAACCCCCACCCCCCUGUGGAACACAGAUUUUAUUCAUUAUGCCUUUUUUUUCCCAUUGACAGUAUUGAUGAUUACAUCCAGGAAUGAGAGGAACACGUUAACAUAGGAUCAUAUCUGUUUAAGUGCUCUUCAUCAAAAGCAAAAACUUACCAAAAUCAGUGACUUUUGUGUGUCUCAUGUAUCAGAAACCAUAUAACCCCACUGAUCCAACUCGAUGUUUAACAACGUCUAAUCAUCGUAAUGAUGAAUUAGCAACAGGCAUGUAUUUGGUGUCACUGACAGUAUUUGGUCUCAAUAGAUUACCUCACCUUGGCGUUUGUUGGCUUUGUGUUUACAGAGAUCUGCCUUUCAUUUCCCUGCCAAGUGAAGUGUGUGCUAAUGUGAUGAACAUUUUAACCUGGGCCUCUCACAAUGGUUUAAUGUAUAGGAGGCCUGUGACGUCUUGCCGUAUUAGGGUCAACAGCACAUCUUAUUAUAACUGUGAAUUAACCAAGGGAUAAAGUGCCAUACAUCCCUAGCUUACAUUUGGCCUAUUUAUUUUCUUGUUGUCUAGUGUGCAAUUUGAAUUUUAACUGGGACAUAAAGAAAUGUUUUUUUUUUUGUAUGUUUGUAUAUCACAUUAUUGUGUAACUGCUUCCACGUGUCUUUAGAAACUACUGUAGGUUCAGUUGCGUAGUCGCUCCUCGUCUAGAUUUAGUGCGUUGCUAACAGAUAAGGUUUCAGUCAUCCUCCCUAGAGUAUUUUUGUUGCCACACAAAUUCUCUAUUAUCUAUAGUUUUAGAUAGGUACAGAUGUCAGAUAGGUAAGUUGCGUUCAGUUGAAAUCACAAGAAGGUCAACUGAGAAGGAGCCAUAGGAAAACAACAAUAGUUUCAGUAACAGUUAUCUCGCCACCCACAGUCUCUUGCCAGUGCCGAAUAUUCUAUUCUUUUUUAAAGCAGUUGAAAAAAUGAACUGCUUGCCAUAAUUUAAUUAGCAUUAUGAAACAUGACUUUAGAGGUUAAACUGUUCACAUGUAAAGCCUGAUUAGAUUUAGAAUUAGUAAAAUACAAAGGAGAUGUUUGUUUGGAAGAGGUUCAGAAAGACAUUUAAGAUCACAUUUUAGUGCCAAUUGAUGCCUGGCAGCCUUAGUGGAGUCAGUGAAGCUAAAUGGAAACAUUUCCAAGGGCUUGCACCCUUCAAAACUAUGUCCAACAGCUGAUUGCUGCAUAAAGAGUGUCCAGAGAGAGGUGAAGCUUUGGAGAAUCGCAAUGAUUUUUAGGUUGGUUGAGAGAAAAACAAUAGGAUUUAAUAUACAGUAGAAGGGCUGAUUUGUGAUGUGGUGAUGCUGAAGAUUCAAGGAUAUUGAAAGUGGUGAUAAGUAUAAUAAGUUUACACUCGCAUUCAUUUUUAUGGGGCCUACAAUUAUAAACCAAUGUCUUUAAAGAAAGAGAAGUGCACAUCCUGUUUACAUAGAUCACUGUGCAGACCUAAAGCACUACAGAGGAAAUUAAUGUAGUUUUGACUUUUUAGAAACCUGCCUUUCAAGGAACCUUGUUAUAGGAAUUGUGAACUAUUUUAUAUGUACUGUAUUUCUAGCCUUAUAGAAGCUGGUUGACUAUAUUUUAUACUGUAAUAUACUGUAUGUGCCUUAAAAAGAUUUAAAUCCCUCUGAAGUAUCAAGACUAGGAGGCCAUUCGAAAUUUGGAAAAGACGUAUGGGGACAGGCUCAGAGUUGGAGUAAUAUAUGUGCAUGUGGUAACUGUGGUGCAUAAGAAGUUUAAUGCAGGUUCGAUAUGUGACAAAGGACAAGAAUAUGACAGUUCCUCUAUUAGCAGUUUGAACUGGCAUGGUGGGUGUUCGCUUCAACAAGGUUUGCUGAGUUGGAGGCACAGGCUGAACCAGCAUUCCCAGCUGGCAAUAACAAUCCUCCUGUGGUCUGUUGUCAUGGAGUAUCAACAGAGACGUUAUUCCUCAGUCGAUCCUCACAACAGAACGGAGUCGCACAUCAAACUGUGGACCUCACUCUUUGUUUUUUCUAUCUAUUGUAGUUAUGUUUAUCUAAGGAACCAUGGAUUUUCUCAAGAAAUAUACAUGGUCACUUGCCUUAGUGGGAGAGAUUGCAGUGGCUGAUAAUGGUACCUUACAGUUCUGGGAAAUUAUCAUUUAUCCCACCUCUAAAGUUAAAGGGGCACUCCAGCGAGUUAGUACUGAAGUUCCACAAAGUUAAGAGGCAUCCAGGAGACACUAAAGAAAAGUCUAAAUCAAUGCAGCAGAGCCUGAGAUAUCCUUGCUUUUAGGCCUUUGUAUGUCUCAAGCUUGGAUCCUACCUUUCCCAUAAUGCAACUUAAUAGCAUCUGUCUGGUAAAUGCAUACACGUUUAAAACUCCACACCCCCCGUUUGUAACACAGGCUUUUUCUUAAAAAUGUGUCUCCACGCCCAAGUGGAGAUAGCCAUGAUGACAUCACCCUGACAUCAUCAGGGCUAUUUCCUCAGACUCGACAAACCUCCUCGCGAGCCACAAAAGACAUUAUACAACUGUCUUUCGCACUCAGCACAGGACUCCCUGUGAUAAGUAACCUGAACUUCAGGAGUGAUUGGUGAAGUGCCCCUUUAAAAGAUAGAAUUGGCAGUUGCGCUUAAUCCAAAAGAAAGGUUCUCCUUAUGGCCCCGCCACUGCUGGGAACAAUCCAUAUCUCUUACUGUUAACAUCGUCUUUCUUUUGCUUUCUUUUGUGUGAUGAGACUAACCUAACAGGUCUUUACAUCUGAACCUUAUUGUCAUACAAUGUGGCUCCAGUGAGAGGAAAAGAUACCAAUGAUGCCUUAUAACUAACCUCAUAAACAAGUAACAACAUUAUAGUGAUUCACAGACUUCUGGUAAAAUAGAAAUGAGAAAUCCUGUUGAAGAGUUCGAUUCCGCCCUGAGACAUGUUAUGAGGAGGCCAUUUUAAAUGGCAAAUCAAGAGCCAAUGGAAGCAGCUGAUACAAUACAUUUGAAAAAAAGAAAUCACUGCUUUCAGACGUAGUGUCUUGAAUUACAUAUACUUGACUUUUCUAGUACCUUUUCAGUUCAAAUUUGUUAUUUUCUAUGAAUGAGAUGUGUAUUUUGGAACACUUAAUAGAUGUUGAAAAUUUUAAAGCAAUCUGCAAAAACUCAAGAGUUAUUUCCCUGACAAAGAUAGACUGUUUUAUGUAUAUAUUUGAUGGCCAUCAUUUUCAAGGAUAUUAGCUCUUUUGAAGCAUUAUGCAAUAUUGAAGCUUUUUUUUGUGUGUGUGAAGAAGGGCCUAUUGCUGAGAAAUAAACAAAGCUGGGAGUUUUUUUGUUUUUUCUUUAUGUUUUACAAUAAUCUGAGGGGUUAUCCUGCAGAAAUAUUUAUGGAAAGAUUUUUUACAACACUUUUUGUAUAGAAUAUGCAACAAAGUUACACUAAGAAGGAAAUAUUGAUGUCUACAUAGAAUAUUAUUAAAAAAAAAACAGCUGGUACAUAAUUAAUACCCUUUCUCAAUUAUAAGCCAUUGUAUUUUUGUGUUUUGUUUUAUGAUGUUAUCAGUGUUGAAUAACCCACAAUGUUAUUCAGUUGCUAUCUGUAACUAAUUGUGAGCUGCCAUUUACAUCCAUAGAGUCGCAUGUAUUCAUUUUGUAAACAGUAACUACAAUAUUAUGAAGAUAUGUUGUGUUAACAUGCAGAAAUCUUUUUUUUUUUUUUAAUAAUUAGUGACGGAUACUCACCACUGUAUAAGCACGUUAAACUGUGAGAUGUAGUUUGCUUAAAGCAGCAAUGACAAGAAACUAUUAUAAAAUGUUAUGGUGUUAUUAGUAGUUUAGGGAGUGUAUACUUUUUGUCAAGAAAGCGUGUGUGACAAAGAACUAUUUUAGAGUUUGCAUGUGCAUGUGUUUGGUUUGGAAAGAAAUAUUAUUUUGUGCAAUGUAUACUUAUUUAAAUACUUUACGGUAGUUUUCUUCAGUACAUGCUGUUAACGUUAUCAGCAACUUCUGAUUGUUAUUAGGCGUGAAGUAUUUCAUUUACUGCUAGUGUAGCCUCUAUGAAUAAUACAUAUUUACUGAAUGUAAUGUGUUAACACUUAUGUGGUCAAUUUGGAAAGUUAUGUUUGUAUUCUUUGCUGUCUGUAUCACUUGAGAUGUUUGUAAUGCAAUAUUGCAAUAAUGUAAUAUUUGAAUUGGACAGAACACAGGCGUGAGGUUGGGAAGACAAUGAUUUUGGGAAACAAGGACAGUCAUGGUUUAGAGAGUAGACCACAGGUCUGUUUUUCAUGUCCAUAAAACGGCAUUCCAAAAUGUGCCUUAUUUGUUAGUUGGGAAAACAUUUUAGUUCUAUAGAGCUGUCGAAGGUUUGAUGAAUAAAAGUCAUAUUGAAUUAGGA